CACUUCUCCAAUUUUUUAAAUAGAAUUCAUUAAAAUUUUCCUUCUCCUCCUUUUGAUUUCCCUCAUACCAACUUAGCCUCUAAGCAGCACUUGGUGAGUGAUGGACUGGUAGGAGGAUUGUGGGGCCAUGGAGAAGGACCCGAUGCGAGAGGCUGGAAGGUGAAAAAUGAGCUUGUACCAAAAUUGAUGAAGCCCUUAAAACCCUCUGAUAAUGACAAAAUUAGAUGCAAAGGAGGCCGUCGAAGUGGAUACGAAGAACCUCUUGAACUCCUCACCUGUUUUUUACAUCCUACGCAACUAAAGACGUGAAAAUCAAACACUCGACUGAAAGCUUGAUUUUAUUUCCUUGGUGAGUAUUCCAGAAGGGUCUAUCAGAAACUCAUGCGGGUGCAUAUGCUAGAAGCUCACCAAUCCCAGCCCCACAUUACAUAUUCUAUCAGUGCUCACGUGACGUUGCUGAUGUGUCAUAUUCAUAAGCCUAUUGGUUAGUUAAUUAGAAGGAAUUUAAGGUGGUGUGGUGCGACACCACAUUCUCAUACUUUUCUUGGACCUUUUAACUCGUGCUGCUUUCUCCUAAUUUUUCCUUCCCUCUCAAAGCAUCUUUACUCUCUCUCUCUCUCUCUCUCUCUCUCUGGACUCUGGUACGGAAGAGAUGGGGCUCUACUGCAUUGGCCUCUCUUCUCUUUAAACCUUUCGCUGAACGCCAAACUUCUCAUCCCUUACAUUACACUCCCUCCAACUAACUCUCCAUAUGGCAGCCAAGACAGUUGAAGAAGAUCCUCCAGUAGAAGCUUUGAAAUACCAGACGUGGGUGUUGAAAGUUUUAAUCCACUGUGAAGGCUGCAAGAAGAAAGUCAAAAAGGUUCUUCAGGGAAUUGAUGGGGUUUAUACCACUGAGGUUGAUUCUCAACAACACAAGGUUACGGUGACUGGUAACGUGGACGCUAACAUUUUAAUCAAGAAGCUGGUAAGAUCAGGCAAACUAGCAGAGCUAUGUCCUUCAGAGAAGACCCAGAAGAAAGAUAACAAGUCGAAAUCCAAGGGAAGUGAUAAGCAAAAGAAAGACCAAAAGAAUAAUGAACCGCUUGGCGAUGACAUUGAUCAAAAUGGUUUGGCUGAUGAUGAAGAUACAGAGUCUUACAAAGAAGACAGUGAAUGUGAGGAUGCCGGCGGAGCAGAUGCAGGUGGCGACAAGGGCAGUGGCGGCGGUGCUAAAAAGAAAAAGAAGAACAAGAACAAGAAAAAGGGCCAAAGCAAGGGAGAUUCUCCCAACAAUAACGGAGGCGGUCGAGAAAAUAUGAUUGAUGCUUUAGCCACACCACCACCGCCAAGUAAAUCAGUCGGAAACACCCCCAACUUGGUUGCUUCUAUGGCUGCCAUGGAUCUUGGUCCUCCGAUUCAGCAUGCCUAUCCGUCGUACCCAACACCACCAGUGUACUAUUCUCCUGCAAUACCACAAGUAUACGGUUUAAGCUAUAACACAGCAUACCCCACUUCUAGUGCUCAGUAUUAUGCCCCUCCCAUGCAUGCUUAUGCUACAUACUCUCACCUACAGCAGCCGCCGCCGCCUCCUGGUUGGAUCAAGCGCUGUGAUGACGACCAUGAAUAUGAAGGUGGAUGCUCUGUUAUGUGAAGUCAUGAACAACCAAGUGGCGGAUAUGAGUGCUGAGGGGUACUGUGGGGGGGGGGGGUGUUUAAGUUUCAUAAUAUCCGCUGGGGAAAAAAACGAAAGAAAAGAGAUUUGUUAAUGUAAAAAGUUGGGAACAAAAAUGAGCAGGGGUAGCUGAUGGAGGCAAGUAUGGAGGAUCUUUAGUGUCUUGUCCUUUUAUUAAAAAAAAAAAAAAAAAGUAGUGCAUCUCUUUGGGGUUUUGCUUAAGAAAGGCCAAUAGCUCCCUACUGAUCUGCUACGGGCGGUGUAGGACCUUAAAUCUACCUUUUCCUUUCAGCCUUAUCUAAAAAGUAGAUUCCUUGCACCAAA